AUGUCCAUCAAAGUUGAGAUAGUGGGUGCAAAGCUAGUAGCACCAAUCUACAAUUGCGAUGAACCAAAACCCGUUCAUAAUACAUUUAUCUCUCUUGCUGUCUUUGACAAGAUAGUGGAAGAUGAUUACGCAUCGUUCCUAUAUGUGUAUAAACCACCAAACCCAUCAAAUAUGUUAUUAGAACACGGUCUCCGGAAGGCUCUAGUCGAAUACCCAGAAUGGGCAGGCAGGUUUUCUGCAAGUGAUAAAGGUGAGGAACGUGUGAUACUACUAAAUUACGAAGGUAUGAUAUUCAUCGAAGCAACAGCUGAUUGCACUCUCGAUGAGGUUAUUCCAUUCAACCUGGCUAACUUAUCGAGUUUAAACCCAAGUGAAAGAGUAAUAAAUGAAUUGGCUCUAGUUCAGCUCACUAGCUAG